AAUGGUCGUACAAACUCAUGGAAAGAAAGAGCUGGAUGUCAUUGUCAUUGACCAAAGUUGCUUGGAAGACUUCAAGUUUUUGGAUAAGGAAGUUUGAUGAGUGAAGGUGCCGGCAGCCCGCUCCUCCACCGCGAUGGUCGACAUGGAGAGCCACUACCAUCCCCCUUCGCCCCUGGAGGACUCGGUGCUGGGCAGCCCCCUGUGCGCCGACGACGACUUCAUGGGCGGCAUGGAGGAGCUCCAGGACAUCUCCCAGUCCAUCAACAACCACGCCCUCAGCUCCUUUGAUGUCCCAGAAUACCAGUCCUCCAGCAAUGGAUCGGAAGGUUCCACAGUUUUAGACGCCCUGACGCCAGCAUCCAGCCCGUCGUCGGUUGUCUACGGGUUGGCAGCGGGCCAGGAGGACUUCUCAUCUGCCUCCUCGUCGCUCAAUCUGGAGUGUCGAGUUUGUGCUGACCGCGCCUCGGGCUACCACUAUGGAGUCCACGCCUGCGAGGGCUGCAAGGGUUUCUUUCGGCGGACCAUCCGUCUGAAGCUGGAGUACGACAAGUGUGAGCGUCGCUGCAAGAUCCAAAAAAAGAACCGCAACAAGUGCCAAUACUGCCGCUUCCAGAAGUGCCUGUCGGUGGGAAUGUCCCACAACGCCAUCCGUUUUGGCCGGAUGCCCCAGUCGGAGAAGCUAAAGCUGAAGGCGGAGAUGGUAACGGGGGACAGGGAGGUGGGAGACCCCCACGUGGCCGACCAGAAGACGCUGGCCCGGCAGAUUUAUGAGGCCUACCUCAAGAACUUCAACAUGAACAAGGCCAAGGCUCGAACCAUUCUCACCGGCAAGACCACCACACCUCCUUUCGUCAUCCAUGACAUGGAGACCCUCCAGCUGGCGGAGCAGACGCUGGUGGCAAAGAUGGUGGGCUCAGCGGGAACGCUGAAGGACAGGGAGGCAGAAGUUCGGAUCUUCCACUGCUGCCAGUGCACGUCGGUGGAAACCGUCACCGAGCUCACAGAGUUCGCAAAGUCCGUCCCCGGGUUCUCGUGCCUGGACCUCAACGAUCAGGUGACUCUUUUGAAAUACGGCGUGCACGAGGCCCUCUUUGCCAUGCUCGCCUCCAGCAUGAACAAGGACGGGCUUCUUGUAGCGUACGGCUCAGGCUUCAUCACCAGGGAGUUCCUCAAGAGCCUGCGGCGGCCGUUCAGUGAGAUGAUGGAGCCCAAGUUCCAGUUUGCAAUGAAGUUUAACGCCAUGGAGCUGGACGACAGUGACCUGGCUCUGUUUGUGGCUGCUAUCAUCUGCUGUGGAGACCGCCCAGGCCUGGUGAACGUGGAGCACAUCGAGCGAAUGCAGGAGAACAUCGUGCAGGUGCUACAGCUCCAUCUGCUGGCCAAUCACACCGACAACUCUUUCCUCUUCCCCAAGCUUCUGCAGAAGCUGGCGGACCUCCGGCAGCUAGUCACUGAGCAUGCCCAGCUGGUGCAGGAGAUCAAAAAGACGGAAGACACUUCGCUGCACCCACUCCUGCAGGAGAUCUACAGAGACAUGUACUGAGGGUUUUUUUGGGGGGGGAAUAACCAGGAGAGGCACUCUACAAAUCAUCUCCUCUAUUUCAGGGACAUAAGAGGAGUCCUCCACAAGCUAGGUUGAACCACUAAACCACCCAUAAUGCAGCAAGAGUUUGGCUUCCCAUCAGCACAACGGGUCCAGUUAAGGCCCUGGCAAGAGGCUAAUGGUUCUCUUGGUUUGACACAGUGCUCUCCACUCCAUUGUGUGGACCUCCAUUGGCAGUAGAGUCAUGUAUGCAAAGACGUGAUGUACAGCUGAUCGAGCCCCAAGCUAGAAACCAGUGUAUGCAAUCACUGACCGAACACUAAAUGCUUAUUUGAAGUAUCUGAGGUGAUCUCCAUGGUUAUCCCUAUCCUGACCCUUUAACAAACCCUAAAAAUGAGGAAAGAAAGUGAACUUGAUAGUCACCACUCCAGCAGUAUGCUUGAAAGAAGAUUUUUAUAAUGAUGUCAAAGAGCCAUAUAUACAUUUACAGCUAACGACACCCAAAUGACUUCAGUGGACAGCAACAUUAAGAUACAGUUUUUUCGAGCAGGGCAGCUUCUGCCAAAUUUCACCAGCCCCACGACAGGAUGUUUCCUCACCGCGUUUUACCCAGAGACACAUCUGAGGAGCUCCUCAACACAAUCAUGUAUUUGUACUGUAAGUCUUCUAAAGCCAUAGUGUGUUUGUAACGAUACUGGAAAUGGACAAUGUCUUUCAUAUCCCUUUCUCUUCCUUACAUCCAUACCAAGAAUGGAUGUAUUCUUUAUCACUUAUUACUCAACUUGUCCACCAACUGUACAAGCAGUAGUAUUUUUACACUUCAGAAUGACAUAGCUAAAUGUUCUCCAGACCGAAAUGAUCACAGGCAGAGAUUAAUUGUGUACAGUCACCACAAUGCACGUCCGAAUCACGAACUUCGAACGUGCUUCGUCCGUGAUAUGGACAUAUGACACAACUUUAUACUUUACCUCUGUUGAAUGCCUUUCUGCACAGACGACAUUCGGCACUCCAUCCUGUUUUGCGUCCUGGUAUUUAAGGGCCAACACCCAGAUAAACCGCAUUGCAACCUUUUGUAGAGGAAGACUUUAAUCAGAUUUGCCAGAAAUUAAUACAUCUAUUUAGUUCAUUUCUCACUCAGUGAAGCCCUGUUACGUCUAAUUUUGUUUCUCUCAAUAAGUCAGGCUUCGUCUCUCUUUGGUCCUCAUAACACAUGGAGUUAUUAAGAUUCAGGGGUCUUAUGUGCACAUUUUUUACAUAAUGGCAAAUAAAAAAAAAAACAUAGCUCUAUUUUCAUAGAGUAAAAUAACCAAGUGAUCCUCUCAUAGAUUAAACAGAUCAUUUGACAAUUACAGGUUGAAAUAAGUUCUGUUUUGCUCUUGUAGUUUCUCUUUGCCUGUCAAACACAAGCAUGUGGCCAUCUGCACUUAUUUUAUUGUAUGACUGAGAUUAAGCCAGCCUGACUUUUUAAACAGCUAAAAGAAGAGACUUUUUCUGGUGAUGGAUGAAGACCAAACCAUUUUUCCACAAGUUGUUUUUGUCCUCUAUCUUUGACAAUAACUGUGCAUGUGAAGAGUCCACUCCUGUAAUCUGUUCUUCUUUUGUAGAAAAUGAACAUGCUACACAGAAGACCUACAGUAAGGGAAUGUUGAUAAGGAAAUGGUGAAAAUGCAUGGCUGAUACUUUGGAUUAUAUAUAUGUAAAUCAGUGACACCUACCCAAAUCAUAAUAUCGUCAUGAAUUCAUUUAAAUUCAGUCACAAGAAGUCACAUUGUAUAAACAGAGUAAACUGUACAUAGCUGAAAUGAUCACGUCGACUGCUCGCCCCAACUUUUAACUCUUAAGGUAUACAAGGUACAAAUGAUGAUCAACUUUUGUAUUUCUCCGUUUGGUAAAUAGUGUUUGAAAUUUUACAGCAAAUGUAGUUAAGUACUGUAUGUUUUCUUUUUUUUUUUUUGCUUUAAUACCACAUACUUGUGUUUUAAUUGAAUUUGAUCAUAUUUUUAUACUAAAGUAUAUAUGUAUGACUAAAUCAUAUAGUUGUGUAUUUGAAAUGGCACAAUUGAAGAGUGCAGUGUAAAUAGACUUAAGGGUAACAGGGCAACUGGUAAUAUGAAUUCUUUAGAUUUGAAUCCCGUUGGGGACAUUCCUAUUGUUAAUUGCUAUUUUUAGAUAGAGAACCAUCAAUGCAUUCAGUUCAUUUCAAAACUAUGUAAUGUAUUUGUUAAAUUAAGCUCUUAUGAUUUAGAGUGAAAGCAUAUGUGGGCUGUGCAGGGCUGUACUAGCUCACAACUUUAAAUAGUUGACUAAAACCUGACCUCCGCAACCUUUGUAAUUUUAAAAAUCAAGCUACAGCCCAGCACUGAUCAUUCAAUAUUGGUCUCCUCUUUUUAUACUCUGUUCUCAGGUUGCAUAUACAUAUAUAUAUAUAUAUAAAAAAGGGUAAUAUAUGCACAGAAUUUUCUUAUUAUUAUCAGAAAUCAUCCAUAGUUGCCUCCUGUUGUUGAACAAACAAACUUGUAUGUUUAUUUUAUUACACAUCACGUCUCUGUUGAUUAAAUAGAGGAACUGUAUACAUCCAUAAUUUUCAGACACACCACAUGCUAUUAGUAAUGAAGAUGCAGUAAUGAAAAUGCAGUAUGGACUGUUUUAUAAUCCUGAUUUUGUCACGCUUUUUGUCUGACUUUCCGCUUCUCACUCGCUGCUAUAUUGUACUAACUCACCAAACAUUUCUUAUGCCAUGAGUAGAUUACUGACCUUCAAGCUGCCUCUACUUAUUUCUUCCAACUUCUCACAGAAUGUCAGUCCCACAUGCAGAAUUCAUUCGACGCAGCUCGGUUUUUCCCCUUCGCAGGAUACCUGGGACUUUUAGUUCCCAGGCACGUUUCGGGGUUAACCAUAAACAAUCUGUGCCUUAGCGUGUGACCAUGCCAUAAAACACUUGAGAUUCAUAAAAAAAAAAAACACUUGACUUGUGCACACACACACACA